AUGGAUGGCUUUCAGGGCGCAGAUUUCCAGGACGGCAGCGUUGCCGAGGAGUGUGCCCGCCGGCCUUUGCCGAGCGCGACAAUUACCGGGUCACUGUCCAAACUGAAAGCCAAUCCGGGCUUUUGGCAGGGCCAGGGCAAGCGUCUCAGCCAGCUGUGGUCAUCUGGGAUCUUGCUGCAGGCAGUCGGCAUACCGCUGCGCCACUUGUUGGCGCUGUACGGCUUAAGGCUUUGUCUCAAGGGAGAGGUGCCCGGCCGCACGGCGCUGCUGGCGCUGCUGCUGUGGCCCGUCAGCGGCCUGGGGGUCACCGCUGGGGCCCACCGCCUCUGGACGCAUCAGUCCUACAAGGCCUCUUCCACCCUCGAGACGCUGCUGAUGCUCAUGUUCUCCGUGGCGGACCAGGGCCCCAUCCAGGGCUGGGCCCUGACCCAUGCCAUGCACCACGCGGCCAGCGACACCAUCUGGGAUCCCCACAACCGGGCCCAGGGCUUCUGGCACGCCCACUUCACCUGGCUCUUCUCCCCCAGGAAGUUCCGCCUGUCUUCUUCCGAGUACCACCGGGUUUUGCGGGGCAUAGGGCCCCCGGUCAAGUUCCAUGACCGGCACUGCGCCUGGUGGGACCCGCUGUGGUCCCUGGGCGUGCCCUCGCUGGUGGCGGCCUGCUGGGGCGACCCUUGGACGGGGCUCUUCGUGGCGGGGGCUCUGCGCUGGGCCGUUGUGCAGCACAUCACCUUUGCGGUGAACUCCAUCGCCCACGGGGACCGGGACGAAGACGACGCCUACGCCUUUGAGCCGGCGGUGGGCGUCGGGCCCCGGGUCAGCCUGUUGGUGUCGCUCCUGGCGUUGGGGGAGGGCUGGCACGACUAUCAUCAUCUCUUCCCCUGGGACUACGCCGCCGCGGAACUGGAUGCUUGGGACCAGUACAAUCCCACCAAGGUCUUCAUCGACGGCUGCUGCCUCCUGGGCCUGGCCCAGGGCCGCAGGCGCUGCUCGCCCCGGCUGCAGGAGCUCCGGCGGAUGCAACUGCUGGGGCUGCAGGAAGAUGAGGGGCUCUACGAGGUGGUCGGGCUCCCACUGCUGCGCCGCAAGAGGCUACGAAGCGGAAAAGCCCCUCACUGA